AUGAAGUCCCACAACUCUUUGGACUCUGCUGCUCUCGAUGAGCUCAAUAAUCCCGAAGCGAAGGAGCUUCUUGACACGAUUGACAAUCUUCGCGCACUCCAUGUCGGCGAGAUCGUCAAUCUUCCCCAAAUCAUUGUCGUCGGAGACCAGUCUUCUGGAAAAUCCUCCGUCCUCGAGGCCAUUUCUCAUGUGCGAUUUCCCGUCAAGGGUGGCGUAUGCACCCGCUUCGCCACGGAAUUAGCUCUUCGCAAGGCUCGAAACUCGAGCGUUGAUGUUCGGAUCAGCUAUGAUGACCCGGUUUCGGAAGCUGAUCCCACUCGCAAGAAAUUUCAUGAGACGGCCUUUGAUAAAGAGGCCUUGCCAGGACUGAUUGAGGCGGCGAAGGAAGCAAUGGGUAUCAAGGUUGGAAGCACCAAGGGCUUCUCUAAGGACAGGCUUCGAGUGCAAAUCACCGGCCCUGAUGUGCCAUCUCUCACCCUUGUCGAUCUCCCCGGCUUCUUUCACUCUGAGACGGCCGACCAGUCACCGGAAGACAAGAGGAUCGUUGACCAACUUACGACUUCUUACAUGGGGGAGGCGAAUAGCGUAAUUCUCGCCGUCGUAUCCGCCAACACCCAGCAUGCAAACCAAAUCGUCCUUGGCAUGAGUAAGACGCUCGACCCGGAGAGAUCCAGGACUCUAGGAGUCAUCACGAAGCCCGAUUUGGCAGACGAAGGGUCCGAUAAUGAACGGGCGUACUUGCAACUUGCCAAGAACAAAGAGGUGGCCCAUCAGCUAAAAUUGGGAUGGCAUAUCCUGCGUAACAAGAAGGAGAAUGAAGCUUCCAACACCUACGAUGACCGGGAUGCGAACGAGGCUGAGUUUCUCAGUAAGGGUGUCUGGUCUGACAUCCCCGAUCGAGACAAGGGAAUCGCUAGCCUCCGAAAGAAGCUUAGCAAGGUGCUCUUGGACCACAUCCGAGAGACUCUGCCAGGUCUCAUCAAGGAUCUGCAGGUCAACUUGGAAGAAAGGGAGGCUAAGCUCCGGCAGCUGGGAACAGCUCGGUCUACGCCGGGGGAGAUGCGCUCGUACCUCAUCGACAUUGCGACAAAAUUCCAGCGAAUAGCUAGUGAUGCCGUUAACGGGACGUACAACGACAAGUUCUUUGGCGGACUGGACACUCCCGACAACAAGCUUCGAGCGAAGGUCCAAAAUUUCCAUUGCGCGUUUGCCCUCACCUUGUCCACCAAAGGCGCGAUGCAGAAGAUCGUGGACGAUGAUGCAUCAUCUGGGCUCUUUCCCGCUCCGGACGAGGAGCCUGUCCCAGACCACCUUCGAUCAUUUGUUGGUUGUUACAAGUUCCCGAAGCCGCAGAGAGUCACCUACUCCGAGCUGACUAAAUCGCUUGAGAAAAGCGCGGCUAUGAACCGCGGCAAGGAGUUUCCGGGCAUACCUAAUAGGGAUCUCGUCGUUCAGCUGUUCCGGAAGCAGGCCACUCCAUGGCAGGGGAUUGCCGACUUCCACCUGGGCCUAGUUACUGAUGUUGUUAAUGAUUUCGUCUACACGCUCUUGGAAUAUGUUAUUGGUGGGGAUGAGUCCACCUUAGCAGCGAUUCUACGUACUCUCGUGGCUCCCUUUUUUGAAUUGAAGAGAGACCUCCUGAAGCAGAAGCUGGAGGAAAUGUUGACGCCGUACACCGAAGGUUAUGGCCUUCCUCUCGCCGGAGAGUAUCAUACCAAGAUGACCAGUAGGUUGGAGGAGCGGCUGAAGCAACAGGUUACCAGUGUUGUGGAAGAAGAGAAUCCCAAGGGCUCCGAAGAGGCCCAGCCUAAGAGGACUAAACGGAAUGCCGGCACUGUUCUCAAGAUUGUUCAGGCGAUUUCCGACGAGCUCUUGGCCAGUGAGUUUGGGACUGAGAAAAUCGUCGACAUGAUGGAAAUCUACUACGAGAUGUCCCUUCGGACUUUCACGGAAAACAUCAUCAACCUUGUCGUCGAGAGGUGUUUGAUCACGCAAGUCUCCAAGAUCCUGACUCCCGCUUUAGUCGGCGAGAUGGAUGACGACAAACUCCGAUCGUUGGCGGCGGAGUCCGAAGAUAUUCGACGGGAGAGAAAGCGCCUGGAAACCCAGACGACCAUGUUGAGGGACGGUCUGAAGCUGUGUCGGCAGUAUAAGCCGUUUUCUAGGACUACCCCGAUUCCACACGUUUCAGUCGCUCAGCAAAAGAACAUGGAACCCGCUAAUGGGGGUACAUCGGCAGCUUUGCCGUUGAGAGAUGGUACUCCUGUUGGUAAGGCUCCGGCACCUGCACCGCCACCGGCAGCUGCUACACCAGUAAAUCCGCUGUUGGCAGCGAUUGCUUCUUCGCCGGGCUUGUUCCCCAAGCCUGCCCCGUCACAAGCAGCUGCUACACCGGCAAAUCCUCCACCAGCAGGGAAUGGUUCUGCGUCGGAUUUGUACUCCGAACCUUUAUUCGGUGGGAAGAAGGGGACCACCGUACCGCCGGGUGGGUUCGCCUUCGGGUCGACUCCAAGUCCUCGCCCAUCGACAGGCGGCUUAUUUGGAGGAUCUGCCUUUGGGUCAGCAUCGAGUGCUGCCGCCACGCCCUCCAGCACGUCGACAACUCCGUCUCAACCCUCCCUCUUCGGGCAGGGGAGCUCAUCUCUUUUCCAACGCUCUACGUAG